AUGUCUGCUUCCCGCAUGCUUCGCCCCUUCGCCCGCGCUCUCCAGCGCCAGGCCUUUGCUGCCCCUGCGCCCGUCCGCACCGCCGCCAAGGUCGCGCCCUUCACGCCCUCCUACAACGGCAAGCAGCUGUCCUUUGGCCAGAAGGCUGACGCCCAGAUGGCCGUCGUCUACGCUGGCAUGCCCCAGCUCGUCCCCUUCUUCUGGGUCAACGAGGCUACCUACGCUUUCAUCGCCCUGCCCACCCUCAUCUACCUCUUCUCCAAGUACCUGCUCCCCCAGGACGUCCGCCGGAUGUGCGCCCGUCUCUUCAUCUCCAAGCUCUAG